CACCACCGCCACCAGAUAACUCACCCGGGACCGUCAUUUCUCCAGGUUUGAAAGACGGUCAGGCUACAUAUUUCCAGGGUCCCAGUGACAUAUAAACUCGCUGGCACUCAAUGAGAAGAGUGGGACUUAUUCAAUCAUGAUAAUUGAGAAUGGCUUCGGACACCGUCAUCCUGAGCACGUCCGAGUCAGUUGACGAAAACGAGCCACUUAUCUCCUCCUGAUUUGGCGGCCUCAAGGCAAAGUAGACGCCCUACAGCAUAUAUAAAGUCAGGGUGAUGGGUCCUGUUGCAGCUGUCUCUCCCCGCAUCUGACUCCCUCAAGGUUGCACGUCCACUUGCUAACCUAAUCGUUGAAUGAAUUCGUCCUUGAAAGACAUACAUAUGUCUUUGGAGUACAAACUCACGCACGUUUUUUGUCCACUGCAGCUUCCUGGCGGAGAUGAUCAUUCUUACUCAAAUGAUCUUGCUCUAUCUAAAGCAGUGUGCGAUUCGGCAUUCGAGUUUUAUAGGAACCUUGGUUAUUUUGAAAAAGCUCGUUGGGAAUGCGUGAAGAAGUUGUUGCAGAAUCUCUGCGAGGCGAUGGAUUUUCAUCAAUUACAGGAAAAUCGUGUGGCGUCCCAGCUUGAAUCUAUGACAGCGGGAGAUGUUGUCACCUAUCUUAUCCGUGCUCAGAACGCAGCUGUUGUAUUCAGAAGAGGUACAAAGGAAACCAUUGCAGAAUCAUUUGAAGUGUCACCCACUGCGGCGGCGGUCAUGGGCUCCUGUGGUAAACUCGUGUGUUCAUACCCGGGCCCCGCGAUCGCUGUCCCAAAUGUGGUUUUUGAUGAUGCUGUAUUCCGCCCCGAACUUGCACAUUUCCUCUGCGAGAUGAACAAGGACAGUCUUGCAACUCCUACCACCCGAAAGGCAGGUUCCACAGUUUCCGAGGAACGGGAUACGGCGCAUCCUCGGUACAUAACCGAGCUGUUGACUGGCAUCCUGCGGGCGGUUGGCAGGCCUGCCGAAGUCCAGCGAAUCAACAGACGCAUCGGUGAUGACGUCGUGUGGCGCGAUGUCUGUCUCCCUUGGCGUCGCUCUUCGCUCUGGUUGAUGAUCAGAGUCGUACUGCAGACUACGCUUGCAGGAAAUGGCCUUGGACUAGACGGCUACAAGGCAUUCAUGUUAUUCUUCAUGAACGGACUCGCCGGCGAAGCUUUGGACGCCGGGAUGUCUGAUGACGUCCUGCACUGGAUAUCUGCCAAGAUUAGUCGCCGCCUGACGAAAUUGGGAGAGUCAGCCCCAGAUUGGUUGACAGUCGCUGUGCUAGAGACAUGUACGAAGAUUCGGAAUUUGUUGGAUGGAAGGUGGAAGCAGGCGCGGGAACGCGAUGCCUUGACGCCGAUUUGGAAACCCUAUUCCCUUGAUUUCCCGGCCGAUACGCAGUUCUCACUACAUACCAGUCAAAAGUAUAUCGGAGACGUCCUGAACUCAAGCUACUCCACUGUGCGUCCCACCAAUUCUAUGACCGGCGGCCGCUUGCGUGGUAGUUUGGAUGAUUUUCUAUCGAUGACUGGCCGCUUCUUCCGAGAUGCCUAUAAAGCAGACCCUCGUUUGACGCUUUAUGAUGUGGAACGAGAGGUUGGCUACGGUAUUGAUAAUUGGGUUGCCGAUGCCUUGGAGGAUGACGCCGAUGCACCAUGCGAGAAGCUGGAGCUCCUAGCCAGCGAGUAUUCAUCGGCAGCUAUGAAAACCUACAGAGGAAAUCCAGAAGACUUCUCACGAAUGCUUCUUACCGUAAUCGAACUGUGGGUCGCAUCAGACAAACUCGUCAUACAGCAGAUUCCAAUGCUUCGUGAAUACUCCCCUGAAAUACCUAUUUCUCUGCUGGAGCGACUGCUCCUUAGGGAUUCACAUGACAUCCAGCGGCUUUGCCUAGCAUACGACUACGUUCGCGAACGUCACCUCGGAGCGAGCAGUGGGUGGUCUGUAUUGUCUGUAUUCUCGGACAGCGCGGACACGAACAACUUCGCAGUGCGCUACUUCAACCGGGAUUUGCAUUUGCAAGCCCUUAGGGACCGCAUUCACGAAGCUGCUCUCCAGGAACGGCGAGAAAAACUUCUGGAGCUCAGGGAGCUGAACAAGCGCUACUAUGAGAUCACAAGGCGUGCUGCGGAAAUGGACCAUGACUACUACAUCAAUUGGUCUGGGAGAACGUGCCACAGCUCUUCUUGCGGGAAGUGUAGCCUUGAAGCCCAGUCAAAAAUCGAGAUCACGGUCCACGAAUGGCCCCUCCCGGAAGAUCAUUAUCGUGCCGCAGUGGUUGUCUUCGAGCUGAAUCGCCCACCUGCUUUCGACAUGUGGCGAUCGGUCACUUGCCUCCUCCUUGUUGAUAUCUGUUCUCCUCAGUUGACGCAGGAAUAUCCUCACACUUGUCUAGGAGGAUAUUCUGCGCUGUACCCAUACCAUACUGAACACGCGAGAAGUCGUGUCACACUGGCGUCGGACACGAAUCCUUUCACAAUGUCUCACUACCGCUCAACACGCGUACCGACUGAGGAGAACAAAGUUUGUGUCAACAACGGUCUCAGCUUUUACUACUACGAUAAGCGUUCCUGCGUCUCCCUCGCUGGUGCCUUCAAGGCGGUGGAUAUAUCUGGAAGUUGCGCCUAUCAGCUGCCACCAGGCUCAUAUCAAAAUUUACAGCGAUAUCUUCAACAUACUGUCCACACGUCAAACGAGGUGCUGUGCAGUCAGGCUGAUUGCAGUGAAGACCUGUCUAUGCACGAGUUCAUAGCAUAUGGCCACCUACGUAGCGGUCCCUCUUUGCAGUGGCUCAAUAUUUUGCGGGAAAUUCGUGCCAAUACGUUGACUCUUCGUCGUGACGAAGUCCACAUACUGUUCGCUCAAACAGCCAGCCAAGUCGGACCCGUGUCAGAUAACAGGAAGUUGAUAUGGCAUGCUGAGCUGGAGCGGACACAUUUUCGUCGCUCGCUCUUGGGCGAAAUCGAAACUCUUGUGUCGACUGUGUCGGGAAAUUGGCUGGAGAGUACGACGAUGGACACGAUUUCGUUUGUGGUGGCCAGGAUGCUUUCGGCGGUCGAAGACCACAGCUGCCAUAGAGCUCUCGAGCUACUCCGCACUGUUCGGGAGAAGACAUUCUGCUGGGUGUUGGAACUCUUUCACAAACUGGAACAGGCCACAUGCGAGCUCCAAAAGGAACAACUUCGGGGUCGUCUUCGUGACUCUGCCGCCGUCUGCCGCAGCACUUUUGACGUAGAUCUUUAUAACGCAAAGCUGCUUCUGGACUCUCCCAGGGCUAUGGAGAUUCUAGUGUGUUGUGCGGUAGCUAUCAAUAAUAACACCCCUCCGCAAUUCAGUGCUCUUCUUGGAAUGCCGAGGCUUCUUAUAGAACGUGACUGUCGCCUAUCAUGGAAACUGGAGGAACUUGUCGGCUCUAUGAUCCUGGAAGGGAAUGACGGCAUUGAUCUCGGGAUCAAACACGUUUGGCCAGGGUACCGCAGAGGCGCACAGUGGCGGAAGGCGGACACUGGUAAUUGCAGUUGGUUCACCACCAAUACGGCCAGCUCCGCGGCCCGGUGCUCACAACAAGUACACUUAAAUGUCCUCAACGGUACAUUAUUGGUGGACGGUCGAACGAUAGGGAGACUACCGGAUGAGAUCAGAAAAGAUCCGAUUUUUACUUUGCUUUUCGAUGCUCAAGGUCCGGAGGUCCUUCCUGGUGAUAUGGCUGGAAUGGAAUAUGCCACUCGCGGCCUGAUCGCCGAAUAUCGCGUUUACUUCCGAAUGGGAGCGGGCGGGUUGAUAAUUCGGGCCAAAAAAGAAACUGAGCAGAAUGUUCUGGAGCUGAUUCCUCCUCAGAUGUUGGCAUCCGAUCUCCCCGCUGAACUGGUUGAGAAUCACGUACACUGGAUCAACCUCGAGACUCAAAUGAUGGAGGUUCGCCCUAUAGAUAAUCCGUGGGGGUCGUCCCCCGAUAAUUGGAUGCUUCACCUUUCACCUGGACGGCAUUCAAUGACUAAGAGAGAUGUCGCACUCUUUGAUGUCCGCAGUGAAACUUGGCGGAUGUUGUCCGAGCGGCUUCAACCUUUGGAAAAUCCCCGAAACCUCAUCAUCGUGCUAGAAGAGUCAAGGGUGUUUGUCAAUUUACCACGCUACGGUCUUUCUUUCUUCAUCAACGAUGACUGGGAGUUGGAGUGCCGUCAUCCUCGUGGCAUGGUGUAUGACGAAAACCAAUCUGCGGGAACAUUGAUCGGACUAGCAAACAAGUUAGUCUUGCGACCCAAGGCCAAUUUAGCCGUUGAAUGUGUCCAGAGGCUCGUUCUUGUACCAGAAGGGGAUGCGUUAUCCGCAAGGGAAGACGAUCAUGUGAAGGUCGCGAUCGAUAUAUCGGGUCCAGCGUGCAGGCGGUUCCGAUACCAAAUAUUCCGGAUUGAUACCAACUUUGGAUGCCUGGUUGGCAGCGCUGGCCUUGCGGGCAAUCUUUAUCGAGCCUAUCUGCAUGCACUGACCAGCAAAGCGUGCUCCGUGGACCCUCUAACGAACAGAACAGGUACAGAGGAAGCUCUAUCCAUUCUGCACUCUGCCGCAUGCCGGUCGUUCAUGAAGUUCGAUACUCUCUCCGCUAAACUCCUGCGUCGCAUUGCGGGAUUGACCACUCCUCGAAUGUGGUAUCCCAUACAUCUGAGGCACAUGCAAACUGUGCAUUGGCUGGCAGGACUCCCGGUUGCAUCUCAGCACCAUGGCUUGUACCUUGCUUGUUCGUCUAUCAAGGAGAUCCAGCAAAAACUAGAAGAUUUCCAUGGUCGAUCUACCCCACUAUUCGAAGACUUUCCACCGUGUGAUGACCAUCUACUUCGUCGUGCUGCAAUCAGGGCUGCCGUGCUUUAUCCACCGUCGUCUGAUAAUCCCCUUCCAGGUGGUGAAUCUGACUCUGUUUACGAGGCAAGGGACAUACAACUGUUGUCCGCCGAUGAAUUCCGUGUAUACAGCACUGCCCUUGCUGUUUACCAUUGGUCGACUCAGAAUCGUCCAGUGAACAACACCCAAGCCUUAGUUGACUCGUGGAACGCUGUGCAAGGUGUUUCAUCGGGAUUUCCGUUGCGUUACAACAGAAAAUGGUUGUCCCCAGACCUGCCUGCGAUCUGGCUUUCACUGUAUGAUAGCUGUCGUAGGAGUCAGGCACCGCAGCAUCGUUUUCAACUGAUAUUCUCUCUGUCUGCCAUGGCGUUUGCCUCUCCGAACCUCGAAGACGUUGUCGGUACAUUACUGGCAUUCGCAACGAUGCCUCAAUUCAGGGAUGAAAAUCCACCUAACCACCCAGCUUACACCCUCUCUGAUGGGUACAGGCCUUCAUCACGCGCAUUGAACAGGCUCAUUUCCCAGCAGGAACGCCCCUACGAGGACUACGUAAGUCCAGAAGAGUACAGGGAGCAGCUCCAACAGGGAAGGAGUGAGAUAAUUGAGAAUGUGGCCGCUGCAUGGCCCUGUAUGAAGCCUCCUCGUUGCUGCCGCUUCCUAGACUCCUCUUGGUAUUACACUGCCGCAUUGGAUUCUGAUCUCUGCGAAUUGUUUGCGAGUUGCUACCGGAACAUGGAGUUGAAGAAUCACUUGAAUCGCGUGGAGUCAAUCCUUGGUCAAGAACCUGCCCGCCCACUCAUGGGGUCUCUUGGUACGACUUCACUCGCUAGUCAAUAUUUCUUCGUACCAUUUUCGCAAGGUCACCAACCAACUCACCGGGAGGUGACCCUGGAGGACAUUUUCGAUCGUAGUGCGCCUGCUGUACCUCCGCCCCAGAAGCUGCCACUCGCCCUGACCCCUUCCCGGUCUCUAACUUGCGGGCUGAUUGAUGACCUUCGCAAGAAUGCAAACUCGGUGUUUCAGGUUAUGUAUGCAGAUGGGCUCCAACGGAGUGCGGAUCAUCUUAGUCAUGAUCAGAUAAAUCUAGAAGUGGAUGCUCUCCAACGUUUGGUGGAGCCGCUCAGGACCCAUUAUGAGCAGAGCAGGGCAAUGUACACGUCCACUCUAAUAUCACUUGCAGAAUGCUUGGGUCCGCAAACGACAAGCGACCACGCAAUCCACAAAUCUUGCCGGUGGCCGCGCAUCACAGCAAAGGUUCUCCUAGGUUGCCUCGCAUCGACGUCGCAAACUCGAUUGUCUCGUGACUGGCGAGUUUGUUUAAUAGCAUUCGCGAAGCUCGCAUUGGAGUACCAGCGCGCUCGCCGGAUGCUUGCCUUGGCGAAGAAUGGCCCAACUGAAGAUUUACUCAAGGAAAUCGAGAAUGCCGGUUGCGAUGGUUGGAAAGCAGAGUCGUAUGUGGACUGGCUAUUAAUCCAGCUGGACGGAGACUUCCUAGUCCGUCCUGCCCAAGCAGAUGUUGCGCUAGAAAUGAUAGCUCCUCGUUCCGGCCAGAACGCUGUCCUGCAGUUGAAUAUGGGCGAAGGCAAGUCCUCAGUAAUCGUGCCGGCAACGGCCUCGGUCCUCGCGGAUGGAAACCAACUCGUCCGAGUGGUGGUCCCGAAAGCCCUCGUUUCCCAAAUGUUCCAUUUACUCGUACAUCGACUUGGUGGACUCGUCAAUAGACGAGUCUUUUACCUGCCAUUUUCAAGAUCCUUGGAAAUAGACAGUUCGAGCGCCAGAGAAGUCCAGGCAAUCCUAGAACAGUGCAUGCGCGAACGUGGCAUCCUCGUAGUUCAACCAGAACAUAUCCUGUCAUUCAAGCUACUGAGCGUCGAGAAACAACUAGAUGGUACCGCGGGCAUCGCUGAACAAUUAUUGCAGACUCAGCGGUGGCUUCACUCACACGUUCGCGAUAUCCUUGAUGAAAGUGAUGAGAUCCUGCACGUUCGAAAUCAACUGAUCUAUGCUAUUGGUCCACAGAGACCUCUGGAUGGCUCUCCCACUCGGUGGUUGACUGCGCAACAGAUACUCCACCUGGUAAAGAAACAUGCCCCCAUGCUCCGCGAAGAUUUUCCGCUCGAUGUGGAAUACGAGCAAUGCCGCCGUCGCAGUGGUGCUUUCCCUCACAUCCGUAUUCUCCAUGAACAGGCAGGCGAAGAGCUUAUUUCUAGGAUUGCUCAGGACGUCGUUGACGGACGCCUACUCAACUUCGGUCGAAAUGAGAGUACUGCAAUUCACCACUUUAUCACCCGCAUGGACGUUGCCCCUUCCGAAGUCCAAAUGAUACGGGACUACUGUGGAGGCACCGCCAUGUGGAUGUCCUUGUUACAUUUACGUGGACUUCUAGCAUCUGGAAUCUUGUCGUUUGCACUAAUGGAGCGACGGUGGCGCGUUGGCUACGGACUCGCACCUCCUCGGACGAUGCUUGCCGUCCCUUACCGUGCGAAGGACAUCCCAGCACCGAGAGCAGAAUUUGGCCAUCCAGACGUUGCCAUAGUGCUCACCUGUCUCUCGUACUACUAUGGUGGCUUGGAUCAGGAGCAGCUGAAGCUAUGUUUCGACCGCCUGUUCAUGCUAGACAAUCCAGACCAAGAAUACCAUUCAUGGGUCCGCGAUUGCCUUGACGUUCCUGAACACCUCCGUCAGAUCAGCGGCAUCAACACCCAGUCUUUGGACCAGUGGAAAGACCACCUUAUUCCGAUAUUCUCGUACAAUCAGUCGAUCAUCGACUUCUAUCUUUCACAAGUUGUCUUCCCGAAGGAGGCUAAGGAGUUCCCCUCAAAGCUGUCUAGCUGCGGGUGGGACCUCGCAGAGGAGCGGGCUCACGUAACCACUGGAUUUUCUGGGACGAACGAUGCCCGCUAUCUGCUACCGACUUCCACUAUACAAUGUGAGCUUGAUCACCAGCGCGCUACCAAUGCGAAAGUUCUCGCCUACCUCCUGAGGCCGGAGAAUGACGCAUACGUGCAAACAUCGUCGACAGAGGGUCGGCGACGAACUACUUGUGAAUUCCUUGAGCUCGUAGAGAAACAAAAGCCCGAAAUACGCGUAGUAUUGGAUGUUGGUGCUCAAGUGCUCGAGCUGAAAAACAAGGAAUUUGUGGAGCUCUGGCUGAAGUUGAAACCUGAUGUGCCUGCCGCCAUCUACUUCAACGAUGAUGACGAGCUGACCGUGCUCUCACGUGGAGGAGCCACACAAUCAUUUUCAGAGUCACCGUAUGCAAGUCGACUGGACGAAUGCAUCAUAUAUCUCGAUGAUGCACAUACACGAGGCACCGACAUCAAGUUUCCGAUCGGUUUCCGUGCAGCGGUCACUCUGGGGACCAAAGUUACGAAAGACCGCCUUGCUCAAGGGUGUAUGCGCAUGCGUAAACUUGGGCAUGGUCACUCUGUGAUCUUUUUCGGUCCUCUGGAGGUAGACCGAAGUAUCCGCCAUGCAGCCAGAAAAAAUGACGGAGACACGAUACAUUCAUCAGACAUCUUGUUGUGGGCCAUGGGCGAGACGUGCACGGAGAUCCAGAACAGCGCUCCCCACUGGGCUCAGCAGGGAAAAGACCAUGCUUUGCAGUACCGCGCGUGGUCGAAGUUCUGCAGCGACGAGAUAACUUCCGAAGAGCUCGCCGCUACCUGGUGUCAACCAGAUGCGAAAACCCUGGAAGAGCUAUAUGCGCCGUCCAGUUCUAACCCACAACCAACGCUCUCUAUCCCGGCAAUCGAACAGCGGUGCCAAGAGCUUGGCGUUUCCUCCUCGACGAAGUUGAAUAUGAACGAGGAACAGGAACGAGAAAUUGUCCGUGAAAUAGAACGCGAAACACAAGUGGAACGACCCCCGCCAGCUACCCCAGCCGUGCAUCAGGUUUCUGCGGAUGUCCGUCGCUUCGUGUACAGUGGCAUGAUUACUCCUAAUUCAACCGCCUUCAUUCUGAUGUUUAAUUCAUUCUGCGAUGCCACAGCACCUACCCAAGAAGAGGAGGUGUGGUCCCGACAUCUCUUUGCAACUUCCGAUUACUGCACUGUGGUACGGGGAAGACAAGUGGAUGUUGGCGAGUACCUCCGUCCAGUUAGCUGGGUACUCUCGAGCCAAUCAAAUGGGCACCCUACUCUCGUCAUCCUUAGCCCAUUCGAAGUAGACGAGUUACUACCAGAAAUCAGAAGCAGCAGAUCCGUAUGUCUGCACGUCUACACGCCACGAACCCAAGCGAGAAUGCGUCCGUGUGACGACCUGCGUCUAUACACAAUUCCUCCCGCUUGCCCUGAUUGGAUUGCACCCGCUUCACUCGUAGACCAGGUCAACUUGUUUUCUGGGCAGCUGUACCUGCGCGACUACGAGACGUAUCUUCGGCUUUGUCGCUUCCUCUGCGUCUAUGCCAAGGAUCUCGCCGAUGAAGGGGAUUUGGAGGUCGAGUGUGAUGGAUUCAUACCACCUGCCCAUCGCCCUCGGAAGGCACAAUCGGUUGGCUCAUUCCGGAGAUCUCCCCUUCCUUUCCUCGGUUAUGUUACCAACCUGCGUAGGAAGGGGAUGAACUUCGUAGCGACACAUAUGGGGAAAAUUCUGGAUGGACGAUUGUUGGGGGAAGAAGACUUUGAAGAUCAGCGAGAAACUGAGUAGUAUGCAAUUUGCUCCACGGCAUGUACAAGCUGUAUGAUAGUGUUGGGGGACAUUGUCAGGAGACUAGUUACCAGUGAAAUGCAACGGUAGAUUCA